AUGAAACAAAUCCAGGAACGGCCUGAGUACGAAGGACCCUUCGAAGCCAUCGGAAAACAUCCACAAACGCCGGCGCUGUCUGAGGCAGAGGGUGAGGACGAGGAGGAGAUGUUGGCUGGGGUUUCCUCGCCUUCUGAUAUAAAGAUAGAUUCUGUUUCUGAUUUUGUGUCCCACCUUCCCGACGAGUGCCUGGCCUACAUAUUGAAGUACCUGGGCUUCCUCGACCGUGAAAGCUGCUCUCUUGUCUGUCGCGCUUGGCUCCGCGUCGAGGGUCAAAGCCGACAUCGCCUCUCUCUUGAGGCCAAAUCCAAUCUUCUCCCCGUCAUCCCCUCUCUCUUCACUCGCUUUGAUGCCGUCACCACACUUGCCCUCAAAUCCGGUCCCCCAUGUAAAUCCGUCCUCAUCGGCGACGAUGCUCUUCUCCUCAUCUCUCUCCACUGCCCUAACCUCACUUGCCUCAACCUCCAUGCUUGCGACCAGUUGACCGAUGUAGGCAUUACCACUUUUGCCCUCAACUCCAAGGGUACUUUAAAGGAAUUCCAUUGUGAUUUCUGCAACUUUAGUGCCAAGGGCAUGAACGCUAUCCUCAAUCACUGUUCCUCCCUCGAAGAGCUCUCCGUCGACUUUCUUCCCGGCCUUGUUUUCAGUUCUGCUGCCAUGACUAUCGGACCAGGUGUCGCUGCUUGCUCUCUUAAGACCAUCCGCAUCAAGCGGCUCUAUAACGGCCAGUGCUUCGGACCCCUAAUUAUAGGCUCCAAGAAUCUCAGGACCUUGAAGAUCUUCGGUUGCUCUGGGAAUUGGGAUAAACUCUUCAAAACCAUAGUAGAACAAGUCACAGGUCUGGUUGAGAUACAUUUGGAGACAAUCCUAAUAAGCGAGGCCGCCCUCGUUUCUAUCUCUAAUUGCUUGGAUCUGGAGAUCUUGCACCUUGUUGGGAUUCCCAAUUGCACGAAUGCGGUGCUUGUGUCCAUCGUUGAUCACUGCAAGCACUUAAGGGAACUCCAUAUCCUUGGAGUGAGGAACAGUAAUAAGAUAAGUGACGAGGGAAUCACUGCCAUUGCCAAACGGUGCCCUUACCUUGAGGAAUUGAUUCUCUUUGGUGCCAAUAAUACCACUUCUUUGAGUUUGAGUGUGCUCGCUGCCAAUUGCCAAAAUCUGAAGCGCUUAGUACUGUGUUGGAUUGACGCGGUUGAUGAUGCCGUGAUUUCGUGCAUUGCUGCUCAAUGCAUCGCAUUGAAGAAUCUCUGUAUCAUGUGCUGCCCUGUCACCGAUCAUGGGCUGAAAGCGCUUUCUCUUGGUUGCCCUAAUUUGGUCAAGGUGACAAUUUACGGUUGCUUGGAAAUAACUUGUGAUGGCAGGGAUCGGUUGAAGGCAGAUCGGGGUUCUUUGGAUUUCAAUUUGUUAACUAUCCACGAUCCGUUCCCGUCUCCGUUUACGGCCUAUGUCUCCAAGAGUUAUUUCAACUAA